CGGUUUCAGUGUGACGGAGACGAUGUUUGCAUUACGUGACCAAAGCAUCGAACGUCGUCUGUCUGCCUGUUGCCUUCAGUGCUGUACGUGACGCCGUUCAUUAUCAAUCUCGCAGUGACAAGACAGUGUUUCUAUCUGUUGUGAUUCCAAUUCGAUGGAGAUGUUAAUUUGUUAGCUAUCGUAUUGCUCAGAGAACUUUGAACCCGGUGCAAUCUUGAUAGAAGUCAUGUCCGAACAAUCGAAGACUGUAUUUAACGAGGAGAACCUCAUCGAUCAGGUGUACCUGCAUCGUUGUCUGUACGAUAACAAUGCCGAAGGAUACAAGGACCAAGUCAGACGCAAUCAAGCGUGGGACGAAAUCGGCCGACAUAUGAACGUGAAAAGAGAACAAGCCAAAGAUACGUGGGAAAAGUUGCGACGAUGUUUCAUGAAUGCCAUCAAGCGAAGAAAAACCAAACAGCUGCACCCGUGGCGGUUCGAAGAGCGAAUGUCCUUUCUGUACAAUCACAUUGACCCGUCGAAAAUGUAUUGCAAACUUGAUUCUGGCGAGCAACCGUACUAUUCGGAAACAGACGACAGUCAACUGGUGGACGAUAUUGAAGCCACCGAUUCCAGAGUGUAUGAUGACAGUUUGACUAGAGAAGCUUCGGAAAUGACCACAUCCAUCAAACGAGAGGAAAAUUCCGAUGGAUGCUAUGGCUCGGAGCAGGAUCAGAAUCAAUCCGUUAUGAGAUUUCUCAAGCCAACGGCAAUUUCAAAUGGUUCAAUGAGUGAUAAUGAUUCCUUUCAAGACAAGCGACCGAUAUCUGCGGUCGACCCACAAUCUGAACCGUCAGAUGCCGAGGAAUGUAACCCUUUCAAACGCGACUUGGAUGAUGAACCGGACAAUCUCACACGGAGAACAAAAAAACAUAAAAAAUCACGCGAGGUACCCGUUGAAAGUGCGCCUAUUUUAUCAUCGAUUGGCAAUGAAAAAGACGACAUCGACUUAUUCUUUCAAAGUAUGGCCACAACGACGAAAACUUUGACACCGAUUGAUCAAGCCAAAAUCAAACUACAAAUUAGCCAGAUUGUGCUGGGAGCGCAGAUUGUACAGUUACAAAGGUCUACGAAGUAGAAAACGGUUAUUCAACGAAGAAAACGGUGUUAUGUAAAAAAAAAUGAUAAUGUGUAGAUACUGCUUAUAGUCUUAUGGAAUUAGAAUAAGCGAUUUGUUUAAGUGCACAGUUGUAAUAAAAUAAUUUCAAUGUAGAAAAUGUA